AUGGUCCAAGCUGCCUUCUCGAAAUUCUUCGGCGAAUCCUCUGACUCGGGAGUGGUGGCCUUGCCGGAAGCAGGUCCUAUUUGUCGGCCGGGGCUGCGGCCGGGCAGCCGUGUCUCCCUUUACGGCAUGUUCACGGCCAGCUGCGGCCGCUACAAGCCAACUGCCAACGCUGCAGCUGCCGGUCGCUUAUCGACUGCCUAUGGGUUGUUUCGCAGCGAUGCCAUGACGGAUCCGCUACUCAUUUUACUGGUACAUUCGCUGGUCCCUCCGCUGUCCCUAGCUGUCCCUAGCUGUCCCUAG